AUGAAAGUCUUUGAGUACCGCCUCGUGCUGCCCAUGACCCCGGAGCAGUACAAACGCUGCCAGCUGUACAUGGUGGCCAAGGCGAGUUUGGAAGAUGCAACAAAGGCGGAGGCCGAGGGCGCAGCGAACGACUGCAUGGAGAUCCUCAAGAACGAGGAGUACCAGAGCGAAGAAGGCGACACCGGCCAGUAUACGCAUAAGAGAAUAAAUAUCGCCAACAAACUUCCAGGGUGGCUCGUCAGCUGGGUCGACGCGCGCCUGACGGUUUUUGACGAAAAAUCGUGGAACGCCUUCCCUCAUCUCAAAACGACUUACGACUGUGAACUCUUCUCCAAGGCGAAGGUUUCGAUGAUCAGCCACCACUUGCCGGGGGUUCAGACUGACGACAAUGCACUCGCUCUGGAUGCGGCGAUGCUGGCCCAGAGGAAAGUUGUGGUGAUUGACAUCGUGAACGAUCCUGUCGCGUCUAAAGCCUACGUCGAGUCGGAGGACCCGACGCGCUUCCACUCGAAGAAGGCACACAUCGGCCCCCUUCGGAAAGACUGGAUGACAAACAUUCCGCUCGUCCCGGACGUCCCUGUGGCGGCGAGCGAGGGGGAUUCGCACGAGCACCAGGGAGAACGCGCGGCGGCGCCUCGAGCGAAGCACGCGGCGCGGCUGCACGGCGAAGCGGAAGAAAAAGCCGAGACGGUCCCCGGCACCCAGACUCCCUCAGCCGACGGAUCGCAUGCCGCGGGAGAGCACGCGAAACUGCGACCGCAGUACCCCAUCAUGACGUGCUACAAACUCUUUGUGAUCGACUUCCCGUACUUUGGCUUCAUGGCCAACAGAGUCGAAAACUGGAUCACCGGUGCGAUGCGCGACGUCCUCCUCAACUACCACAGGAAGGCCGUGUGCUGGAUGGACGAAUGGUACGAGCUCUCCAUGGCAGAUAUCCGGAAGAUGGAGGACGACGUAAAAAGAAAACUUGACGCCAUUCGCGGGCAAACGGCCCCGCCGCUCCCGCCUCCUUCCUCUGAGGCAGGGAAGGACGAGGCAGUGCAGGACGGCCAUGACGCGGUCGUAAAAAGCGGCGGACGACUCGCGGCUGGCGCGGCCGCUGGGGCGCCAGGCAGCCCUGGCUCCGAGGGCGAGGAGACCCGCGACGAAGACGUGCACGGGGCCGACAACGGGUGGAGUUCACCUAGCGAUGACGAGGUGGAUCUCGACUCGGCAGAAAAGGAUCUGGGCAUGGAUCUCCAGGCAACUCUUCCGUUUGCUGUCACUGUCGACACUUUGGCUCCUUGGAGCCUCGACGCCCCUGGCAUCUUUGCUCUCUCUUCGAAAAAGCCAGGGGGACUCGGCGGCGACCAACUCUCCCAGCUCUCUCGCUCCGCCUCGCGUCACGACGCCGGACCGCCGGGGACAGCUGCGGCAGGGAAUGCGACGACUUCGCUCGCUGCAGAGCCUCCCAAGGAGACGAUUCUUCACUCCGGAUUCCUGUAUAAACUCGGCGAUGGAUUGUGGAACACAACGUGGAACUUGCGAUACGUCGUGCUGAAAGGGAGUCGUCUGCAGUAUUUCAACGACCCCAGAGAAGCCCGCGCGAAAUGCGUCGUCGAUCUUGAGGGGGCUGAGAUUACGUGGACCGGAGAGAUGCGCGGGCGGAGCCACUCUUUCCACGUCCACCCUGCAUGCAAACGUUCCAUGCACUUUUGUGGGGAGACAGCGGAGGCUUCUCGCCAGUGGAUGGCAUGGCUCCAGGCGGCGUCGCAGAAUGCGGAUCACGGCCCGCCGGAGCGCAGGCGUUUUUCCUCCUUCUCUUGCUCCCACCAUUUCCUCCCGAAAUCCUUCUCGCCUUCUCUCGCUGCGCGAGCGCCGUAUGACCCCCUCGGCGCCUCCUCACGCGGCGAGCGCUCUUGCCCCGCCGUGCGGAUGCCUCCGGCAGCAGAGACCCGUUGCUCAGACGCAGACGCGGAAGCCUCCCCCUCGUCGCGGCAACAUGCAGAUCUGCUCGGGGCGGCUAGCCAGCUUUCCGACGUGCCGAGGAAAGAGUCGGGAGACGACCAGGACACGCGAGAAGGAUCCGCUCGAGGCGCUGGGGAGGACGAACGCAGAGCCGAAGGGAAAGACGCGCGAGGCUUCCAAGGCGAAGAAGGUGCGAUGUCAAGGAACCGGAGCUUCGGCACCUUCGCGUCCGGCGGUGGCCUUCACCCUCGCGCGGGUCUGUGCGGCCGAGCACCCGGAGAAGGCGGAGUCUGCGACUUGCUGGCCUCUCCUGAGGUAACUCCGGAUCUCGAGUACUGCGUUCGCCGCCUCAGGUUCCUGCUGUCCAGGCGCGCAAGGCCGCGCUUUUCGCCCGCGCGAAACGAAGACGACAUCCGCGUGUCUGUGAAAGACGCCUUCCAGUGGAUCUCCCUCCCGCCCCCCAGGGCGGUUCACAUUCAGGUGUCUCCUGUCUCCUCCAGCGCUCUCCCGGCUUCCGCUGGAGAGGGACACGGAGACAGUAGCCGAGAAGGCGAGGGCGACAGCGCCGCACGAGGAGAGGACGACCAGAGAGCGAAUGAGGGCACAGGGGCGAGGCACGUCGCUGCAUGCGCAGAGUUUUCGGAGGGAACGUCGCGGUUGGCGAAAGCUCGGGCGAUUCUGUGUCUGGUUCUGCCGAUCGUCCUGCCAGCGUUCGCGCUGUACCAGUGCGUGAUUCUCGGUCUCCAAGGCGCCGCCGUCCUCUCUGCUGUCUCUUCCAAUUUCCUCCGCUUCUUCUCCUCGCUCUUCGCCCUGUGCGUCUCGCUAUCACCUUUUUCGGGUCUCCAGAGCUCGAGUGCCUCCGGCGUGUCCCUUUUCUCCUCUUCACUUGCACGUUUGUCUGCCUGGUGCGCGUCAACCGAUCCCUUGGCAGGCGAAGGCUCUGUUUCCUUCGCGUGCCUCUUCGCCGCUGCGCGUCUUGUCUCUGAAGCGCUGGCCAACAAUCUCCUUCUCUUCGCCCUGCGCGUCUCCCUCUGGAUUCUCUUCCCCUUCUUCCUCGGCAUGAAGCUCGCGAGCCGCUCUCGCCUCUUCAACCCAGACAGUCCCCACCCCCACCCGCCCUCGUCUUCCUUCGCGCGCCAGUCGCGCACGAGCAGCGCCCUGUCCGUCUCUCCGUCCGCCGCGUCUCGUGCUCCAGCAGAGCGAGGAAGAAAAGCGGGCGUCGAGCUAGCGGCGCCCUUGAGUUCAGAAGGCCGCGACCUCGUCGUCAAGGCAAACUGCGUGGUGAACGCGACGGCAGAGGAACUCUUUCUCCUCCUCAUGGAUGUGGAGCUUAUGGGUUCCUGGAUGCUCGGCCACCACUCCUCUCCGCGCGUCGUCUCCGAGUCUAUCCACUCGGACUUCCUCUCGCUGUCUUUCUCGCCCUCGCUUUUGCUCUCGUCGUCUCCCGCGGCGACAGCUGAGGCGUUCCUGGCUGCCUGCACGCCCCGAGGUCCCGCCGGCCACGCCCUGUGCCCGGGCCAACCCCACAGAGGCGGUCUGGCCGAGAAGGCCUCCGUCGCCUUGUCGGCUGCGCGGGUCGGGAUGUCCUCGCCCUUGGCCUGGUUCAGCAGCGAUCUCGCGGCGGGCGUCGCCUCAGCCGGCGCCGCGCUCGCGGGGCCUCUGCUCCCGCUCCUCCUCCGCGACCGGGUUCUGCCUUGGCGCCGCUGGUGGGGACAGACUCGAGACGGCAGCUUCGUCAUCAUCUUCCACUCGGAGCAGCUUUUCGCCGAGAGUUGCAUGCGCUCCGGCGUGUGGCACUCCUGCGGGCGGAGUGGGGAGAGGGACAGGGGCCCGACGGAGAGGCGGAGCAGGAGACACCGGUUGACAGGGGCCGAGAGCGGGGGACGGCGCGAAACGCAGAGACAGAUGGAGGAGGGAGGCGGACAGUUAGGCGACGGCCGGGGGGAGGAACCCGUAGCCCUGAAGACGGUUGUGGGAAAACUUCUUUUUCUAGGCGAAAGGUGCGCACAGUGGGUGCUGUCGGGAGGACGGCGGGAAGGUCUGACGGCAGGCAAAGCGCGAAACCGUCAAAGGCCUACGCUCUUUCACCGGCUGCUGCUCUUUCUGCGGGAGGCCUUCCCUAUCGCUGUCCAUCCGUUCGUCCAUUUCUUUGGACCGCGGAGACCGACGCCCACGAAGGCAGGUGAAGGAGAACAGAGGGGACUCGACACGCCCUGGGAGACCACCGAAGAUGCCGUCCUCGCCUCUGGAUUCGAGGCCUUCGUUAUCACGCCCCUGUCGCCUUCUCUUGAGCAACUCGCCCUCAACGAGCUCGUUGACCCGCCUCGCAGUCCAGUGCCUGCGGGAUCGAGUGCAGACCGCGACUCUCGAAGUGUCUCCCCCGGGGCCGACGCACCGCUAGUUGGGCUCCAGAGCCCUAGCGCCGCGGCCGGCUCACCACCCUGUCUUCUGACGUUCGUCUCCGCCGUCGACUGGGGCGGUGAAAUGCCCAGGUGGCUCAGGGAACGCAUUUCUCUCUUGCGGGCCGACCGGAUUCUCCGAGGAGCAAAGCUUGAAGGCGAAAUUCGACGCGCCAGAAAACGCCUCUUCCCAGGCGACCAAGAGCUCGUCACUGAAGGCCUGCUUGAGACGCUGGACGCAGACGGCGCCAGUCAGGCAAGCGACGAAGACGAAGUGUCGCCUUCUCCCUCUUCAAAUUCUCCCUCGUUCUCUCCGCCUGAGCAGUCUGUUCCUGCUGAGGCUGCCGACGCAGCCCCUCUUGGUCCGGUGGACGCGAGGCAGCGACAAGAGCCGAAGAAGGAAGGGAAGCAAGAAAGCGGAGAGACGCAGAACGAGAGAGACGGAGGAGCUGCCGCACGGAGACUCCCGAUUAACAUGCACCUGCCGUUCGCGCGGGAAUUCAAGCGGUCCCCACAGGGAGGCCUCGUGGCUCUUAACCAGGCGGCUGUCGACGACCAGAAGGCCGUCUUCCUCGAACUCGUCCGAAACUGCGGAGAAUCCGUUCGGGAAGGACGCGGCCUCGUCGACGUCUCGCUCCCCGUGUCGAUGCUCCAGCCAGAAUCUCUGCUCGCCUUUCUCGGCAAGUGCUGGAGCUACGCCCCGCUCUGUCUCUCCAGAGCCGCCGACCCCCAGGCAGAUGCCCUCGAGCGGUUCAGGUGGACUGUCACGUUCGCGGUGACAUCUCUGCACUUCGGGUGUUGUCAACAGAAGCCUUUCAAUCCGCUCUUGGGCGAAACGUAUCAAGGCCACUGGUCCGACGGGACCGAACUUUUCUUGGAACAGACGGCGUGCGAGCCUCCAGUGACUGCCUUUUUGGCGCGGAGCUCCGACGGUCUUUUCUCCUUCUGGGGACAGUUCGCGUUCCACGCCCAGCUGAAAGGCAACUACGGCGUCUUGUGUCAAGAAGGCGAGACGGUGGUGUCCUUCCCCCGGGCGAAGACGGAGAUUCGUUUCUCGCAGCCGACGGCGAAAGUCAGCGGACUGCUGUGGGGGCCGCGCGUGUUUGAGCGGGGAGGCCAGAUGGCGUUUCGCGAUGAACGCAAUCGCCUCGCUUGCUGUCUUCAAUUCGGCGUCUCUGGGGAGCCGUCCACGCCGCCCUCUCAGGUGCCCAGCGACUCUUUCUACGGAGAAAUAAAAGACACAGAAACCGGGGCGACCAGGAGCAUCGUCACCGGAUCGUGGAUAGACGAGGUUAACUUUGACGGGAAAACCUACUGGAACGCCCACAGCUUCCCUCCCGCCUCCUUGGAGGCGUGCCCCGAAUCCGCCGCCCUCCCCACAGACAGUCGGUUCCGACAAGACAUCCUUUGUCUCCGCGAAGGCCUCUUCGAAGAAGCCCAGGAGUGGAAGCUCGCACUCGAAGCCAUUCAGCGCCGUGACAGGCGAGUCUCUGUCGCACUUCCCUGUGUGCUUGCCGCUUUUCUCCCGCCGCUUCCCUGA